AUGGAUUUUAAAAUUGCACACACUUGGGAUGGCUUCCCAGUGAAGCAUGAGCCGGUGUUAGUCCGCCUGCGUCCAGGUGACACAGGAGUGAUGAUGGAAAUCAGUGCUCCAUUUUUCAAUGAUCCUCCGGCCCCUCUUGGAGACCCAGGAAAGCCUUUCAAUGAACUGUGGAAUUAUGAAGUUGUGGAAGCAUUUUUUCUGAAUGACGAAACUGAGCAGUAUUUAGAAGUUGAGCUUUGUCCCCAUGGGCAGCAUUUGGUGCUUUUACUCUCUGGAAGAAGGAAUGUUUGGAAACAAGGACUUGCUUUAUCAUUCAAAGUAUCCAGAGGAGAGACAAAAUGGGAAGGAAAAGUAUGUCUUCCUUGGUGUUAUUUUCCACCAAAUGUCACAAAAUUCAAUUCAUUUGCAAUUCAUGGAACAGAAGAUAGAAGAAGUUAUGAAGCACUUUACCCUGUACCACAGCAAGACCUGCAACGAGGACAAAAACCUGAUUUCCAUCGUCUGGAAUACUUCAAGCCUUUCAACUUUAACACACUGUUUGGAAAAGAAUGGAAACAGCCGGAAUCAGACCUGUGGCUAAUAGGGAAGCCCGAUAUACAGGAGUAGAGUAGAAAACCAUAUCAAUCAUUUUUUCUCAUGCUUCUUAAAGUAAACAAAUAAUAAACAUCAAUCUCUUUCAAGGCUUCAUGAACACAUUUCAACCACAAAUAUUUUUAUAGAUGUCACUGAAAAUAUAAUCUCUAUAUGGAAAAUUGUAUGUGAAUUAAUAAGCAAAUACAUUUUAUACAUGAUUUUAUCCAUUAA